AAAAGAAAAUACAACAUGGCGGCCUUCUGAAGCGCAGCCAGCGUGUGGAGUACGGCGAAGAAGCACGCGCUUGUCAGGGAUCUCUUCUCGAAGUUUUGCGAGUUUAGUGGGUCUAACUUGACCAAGUGUAUUUAUCGUGCCACUCUUGUGCGUAAAUAUAGGACCUGUCCAAAUAGAAAAAUGUCGGACGACAUCGAGGACGCCGCGGGAGACGAGGAGCAGAAGCCGCUGAAAAAGGUCGCCAAGCAUGAUAGCGGCGCCGCUGACCUGGAGAAAGUCACGGAUUAUGCCGAGGACAAAGAAAUUCGCUCCCAAGACAUCAUGUGUGCGAUGUCCCUUAUCGGAGACAGGCAUUCAAAAGAAACAGCAGAAAAGGCAGCCCGGCAAAAAGAACUGGCAAAGGUGGUCAUAAAGAAAGAAGACGUCGAAUUGAUCGUUCAAGAGAUGGAAAUCCCUCGCCACCUUGCAGAACUCAAGCUGCGUGAGCACCAAGGCAAUGUUGUCGACGCCCUCAUAGAGCUUACCAACUGACAGACUAGUAUAAGUAAAUUAAAGCCGCAAUUGUUCCUUGGUAA